AUGAGGCCACAUCGCAUACCAGUAGAUGCUGUACUUGACGAAGAGGACAUGUUUCGCAUUCAUCGACAAAGUCCGAUGCGCAUGAUUGCUCCGAUAGUUGACGUGCGGUCUCCUGAUUCCCCCGGCAUUAUUAUAUCUCCUUUCGUGGAUCUACCUAUUCCAAACUGCCGUCUCAGUUUCGGAAGCUUCGACUUUGCGACCGUUGGCGCGGUUCCGACCAAACAUACUUCAAACAGCAGACCCGUGAGCCCCUGCUCGAGCGCCUAUUCGAAAGAUGAGGAUGAGGUGAGCCCCCUAUCUGCUGGUUCAGAUAGCUCCAUGGUUAUAAGAACACCGGAAGAGGAUGAGAAACACAGAGAGCCAAGCACAAUUAGUGGCCGUAGCCUGUUAAGCAUAGAUUCUGGGGAUUCACCCAUCAAAACUACUACUCUCCAGGUUUCAGCAGUUAUCAUCCGUCGCGAUGUUCCCCAGCUGGACAGCGCUCCUAGGCGACGCAAGAAGAGACAAUAUUUCCAAGCUGCCGAGAAAUCGGUGGAUUCCCCCACCGGCUUUGCUCGCCGCGUCCAGGUCCGAAGUCAGUCCCUUACCGUCCCUGUUCCGCCACCUCAGAGAUUUCAUAAAGUGUUCGCCGGCUGCGAACAGCACUACUUUCGACCCGCCUUUGGCUGUCACGGCUGCCGCCGCGGAAUCUUCGUGGAGCACGGUGAGCCAACUGAGAUAGACACGAUACGUGGUUGCCGGUCUGCUCCGCCCAUGUUGGUAAGAGUCCAAAUUCCGAAGUCGCGAUUCGAGUCAGCCGUACAACCUCUUUGUCACUGCGAUAAGCUCAAGGAUGCGAAAUGCUUUACGUGCUUGGAGAGAGAUGCGCAAAGUGCUGUCGUUGGUGCCAGCUUUUUCUGA